AUGAAGGCCUUAAAUUUCAUCGAAUUUGUGCAUUGCAUGGCUUUAUGUCAAAAGCGACUUUCCCUAAAGCCACACCCAAUGUGCGAAGAUAUUUAUCCACACCAUAUAAAUCUUGGUGGGACAAAGUUCAUGGGAACUUUCUCAAAGUUAAUUUACAAUCUUUGGUGAAUGUUGUAGGUCCGAUUAUUGACAUUCCUCAAGAACAUGAUGAGGGUGUCCCAAAUGUGGAUAAGCCUCCAGUUUUGAAAGCUAAGGUAGUAAUUCCAUGCAAAGUCAAGGGACCUCCACAUGCAGAAACUCAGAAAGAGGAGUUUCCUGCCCUGGCUCAAUCGGCUUUCAAUAAACGAACCUUUCAAGAUGAGAGCGAUGGUAGUCACAGAGAUCGUUGUUGGAAGAAGGCAAAACCAUUUUUGGUGAAGCAAAGUGAUUCUAACACCCAUGUGAAGAUUUUUGCUAGUUCAUCAAAGACUUCGCUAGCUAUCGAGAAGGCGCAGCCAGACAAUGUCCAGAUUUUGGAAGUUCCUCAUCAAAGUAAGCCACAAGAUAGUAGCGAGUCUGUAGUAGGUCCAGACUCAAGGGAGUUACUUUUAUCAUCCAAAGAGGUUACUUCUAACUCUUGCGGUAAAGUCAAAGAAAAUGCGGAGUCAAACUUUUCCCGGCAACCAGCAGUGACCAUGUCUGUUUUUUAUGGCAAGAAGGUCAUUUCAAAGCUUAAAAAGAAAUUUAUCAUGAAGGCUUAGGCUAGUAUCCAUACUAAACUUCCAGACCUUACUCCAAAUCGUGCUUCUUCUAUCCAAGAUGACAUCGAAGUCAUACUCAAUGACAUGAGUGUAAUGGGGGCAGAUAUUUCCCCCUUACAAGAUUUAUUGGGGUAUUUCUUUGGGAUGGCGACUUCCUAUGACCAAGCACAAUCCGUCCUUGUUGAUAAGACCACAACAAUUAAAAAGUCAGAGCCAUAUUUAAAAGCCAAAGAAUAUCUUGAGCUUGUACUGAGGGAGAGGGAUAAGAAAUUUGAAAAAGUUUUUGCUGCCUGCAAAUCUCUUGAGAAGGCGAGAAAAAAGGUGAAGAAGUUGAAAGCUCAUCGAGAUGCUGCCAAGCAAGAAGCUGCAGAGAUGGAAUCCAAAGUUUUAGCUGCUGAAGAAGAGUUUUCCAAGUGUUCUGAUGUCUCCCUUGCAACAACAAAAGCCUCAAAGGUCGUAAAGAAUAAGAAGCAAGUCUUAGAGACUGCUCUACAAGAUUUAGUCAAUUAUAAGCUAUACUUAGAUUAGCCUUACGAUAUGUCUUCCUUCAAACCUUCUUGUUGCUUUCUUUUACCUUUUUUUAUUGAGUAGUCGGAUCUAUUAGUCAUAAUGGAAACUCUUUUUAUU